GGGUAUCUGCAACGCUCCCGCGACCUUUCAGAGAGCCAUGAAUAUGGCUUUUCAGAAUUUCAUACGGAAGACUCGUUUGGCGCAGAGCAUCAUCAACUAUUGCGUGAUUGUAAACAUGGACGACAUCCUGGUGUACUCGAGUUCCUACGAGGGACACGUACAGCACAUCGAGUGGGCUCUGCAUGCGUUACGAGAUGCGGGUUUCAAGGUGGCGCUUGAGAAGUGUCAGUUUUUUCUUACCACCAUUUCCUUCCUGGGACACGUGGUAACAGACAAAGGGCUCCAACCGGAGCCGCAGAAGGUGGCCGCCGUCAGAGAUGCGCCGGUGCCUACGACUAUCACGCAAGUUCGCGCCUUUUUGGGCCUGGCCUCGUACUACCGAAGAUUUAUCAAGGGAUUCGCGGCGAUCGCGGGACCCCUCACGAAUCUUCUGCGCAAAGAUCAGUCAAUGAUCUGGACGCCGGAGUGUGAUCAAGCGUUCUCGAAACUCAAGGCCGCUCUCAUUUCGGCUCCGGUCCUUAUAAGACCGGAUCCCGAAAAAACUUUUGUUCUCAUCACUGACUGGCAGCCCGAGGCAAUUUCGGUUAUUCUCGCCCAAGUGGGGCCAAGUGGACUCGAGAGGGUGGUGAAGUAUGCGUCCAAAUCGGUGCCCGCCUGCAAACGCAACUACACCGCUCCAACGGGAGAAUGUUAUGCGGCUCUCUGGGGAACCAGUCACUUUCGCGCUUACCUGUACGGGCGGAAGUUCACCUUGGUAACCGAUCAUGAGCCCCUGUUGGCUCUGAAGAAAUCGAAGGAUUACUCGGGCAUGAUCGGGCGAUGGGCAACGGUGCUGCAGAGCAUGGAUUUUGACAUUCGUCAUCGGAAGCACGAGAGACACGGGAAUGGGGACGGGCUGACACGACUGCACCGGCCUGAGAAAGUUCCGAAGAAUGAGGAGGUGAUUCCGUGGAACGAACCCGAACAAGAGGUGACGUGGAUGCAGACCAGCGAGCAUCCUGCGUGGAUCGAAAAUCCGGAGCUGCUGAUCAUCCAAGCUUGGAGGACUAACGUGGAGGGCGAUCUUCUUGGCUUUCUCUUUGGAUCGGUACAGUCGGGGCGCCGCCAGUUGAUUACGCAGGAGCUCAUCGCGCCGAUCGUGCAAUUGGCGGACGAUCGCUUGCCCGACAGCCCUGCCCCGUACAUUCUCGAGCGAUCAUUGGAUCCAUACCUUCAGUGGACUGCGUGCUUAGAGGAGCCCAGGGACGAAGAUACUCUACCAUCCCGGCAGGAGUAUCUGAAGUCGUACGACAUCAUCCCUCACACCUUCUAUCCGAAGGCGGAGGAAGUGGUGGUCGACGACGACGAAGAAGACAACGACGAGAAAACGUCGGAGGAGGGCGAGCUGAGUGAAGAGGAAGAAGAAGAGGAGGGAGAAGAAGGAACCGAGUCUGAGUGGAAAGCUUUGCCAGAGGAAGCGGCGCGCACGGGCACGGAGGCGGAAGAUCCGGAAGCAACGUGAAAGCGCGAAGAAAUUGCCACCGGGAAACGCCAACUGGAGUUCGCCAGCGAAGCCAGCCUGCGCAUCGGUAACGAUCCGACCAGAGAUCCGGAGUCGCCAAAGCCCGAAGAUGGCGACCCUGCAGCCGCCACCUCAAGCACCGCGCGACGGAGACGGAGCCGAUCCCCCUCCUCCUCCAGCCCCACCCAUCCCCCAGUUCGCCCACGUACCGAUGCGGGCAAUAGGCCUUCGUCCUCGGACGCUAUCCUGCCGACCCCUUGAUUUUCUCACCCUCGAACAAAUCCGCACCCCCAUC